AUGGGGAACUCUAAGUCGCUUCCUUACCGGCGGAACAAACUCUCGGUUUUGCUGUAUUAUAUUCAACGCACGUGGCAUGCUGGCGUCGGUAAAGAAGAACGGUUCGAGGUUAUCGAUGGAGAUACCGACACUUCCUCCAGGUGUGAAGGAUGCAGAGGAUGCGGUUAUCAUGGGGCGAGUCUUAUGUUCGACAGCGAAUCGGAUAUGGUGCCCAACGUGGAAGAAGAACCUCGUAUGGUGAAGCCAUGGGGAUCUCAAAUAGAAAAAGAACGCCAGAGGCCGCCCACGUACAACGCCGAGGACUAUGCACUGGCCUUAAGAAGAUGGGGAAGGCGAUCGUUGGGGUCGACCCAGGAUUCCCAGAGUACGUUGCCUUCGACCGCCAGCUUCAGUUCCGGAUACGCAUCCGGAAGUGGCGAAAUGACUCUGCGGCAAUUCACCUCGGUGAGCGAAUUGCUCAACAAGCUCAGGGCAGACCUCAGGCUGGCAUUUCCUAGUUUCGUCCAGGAAUUUGCUUCGCCACCAGCUGACGGGAUCACCCUUCUACUGGAGACUUUAAGGGGCGUCCAGCUGGCGCAAACUUUGCCACCUUCAGGGCACACAAGAUCGAAAGUGAAGACCAGAAGAGCCGCUUUAGACGAGCUGGGAUGCGUCGAGUGUCUGGUGGCCUGUGGAGAAAGAUGUGCCGAUGCUCCAAGACUUUUGGCUCAAGCACAACCCGGACUUUUGGCCCUAGCAGUUUGUCUGACCAGCAGCCUUAAUCGCUCUCGGGUGUUGGCUUUGCAGCUGCUGACGAAGGUCUGCCAAUCUCCAAUCGGACACGCGGCAGUAUCCGAGGCAGUGUCAUCCUUGAGACUGAAAUAUGGCGAAGGUGGGAGGUUCAGGUUCCUGGCAGGCUCGCUUUUGGCACCAAGAGCCGCAACCGCCCUUCGAGUUGCUGGGAUUUCGUUCCUGAAUGCUUUCCUCAAAUCUGCUCCACGUGCACAGGCUAAAUUGUACAUACAGGCAGAGGCUUGCGAGGCGGGGCUGGAGCCGAAGGCCCUCCAAGAAUGGCUGACCGAACAAAAGGACCUGCAGGAAAAAGGGUUAUCCGAACUGCUUCACCGAGAGGUCGAAGAAUGGACGCACAACUGCGUGGACGUGGAGGCGCUCCAAAGUCGUGCGAUUCAGGUUGAAGAGACCUGCCGAGUCCUCAGGAAGCAGAUUUCCACCCUCCAAACCCAGAUCCAGAAGUUGAGGUUAGAAAGCCGCAACGCGUACAACCUAGAAGACCACAACAAAAAGACCACCACCAGACAAAAGGGUCAAAAGUUGUCGUCCAACGUCGAAGACGAGGGCAUCAGCUCCUCCGAGCAGUCCAGCAGCUCCGACGAGCUGAAGGAGUCGCACCAGGUCCACCUGAAGGGGACCGAGAACGACCAGGAAACGACCAUAGACGACGUGAUCGAGGAGCUGCGGAUCAUAGUGAAGGACGCCGAGCAGGAGUUCGAGGACAACAACACGAAAAACAAGAGCCAGGCCAGGGAGAAGUGCAGUUUCGCCUCGGAGCCUCCUUCAUCCCACCUCUACAAGGACAUCUACGCGACGGAGGUGAUCUCCGGGUCCAGGGACUCCAAAGUGAACGGGGUGACCGCCAGCUCAAUCCCCUCCAGCGACAGGAAGACGCCUCUGACUUACUUCGGCGGCCAGGAAGGCGACUACAUCCUGAACCCUGGGCCCAGGAAAGCGAGCCUGGGUCGUUCCAACACCUCGGAGACGUCCAGCUUGAAGAUCCUGGUCAAGGGCCCCGAGGAAGAGGUGGAGGACGUCAUCGUACCGGCAAUUCUGCACCCCCAGCCGCCCAAGAAGAGUUCUCCCUGCGUUCCCACCAUCUUCGCGACCAGGGAUUGCCUCUUCGCCGACCAUGUAGAGCCGUACGAUGAGGAAGUCGAGGAAGGCACUCUUGGGGACGGUAGCGAUUCCCUUCUGAGCGCGUCCAGGCUUAAGUACACCAAGAAGGACGACCUGAAUCCACAUAACGACAACACCCAAGACAAGGUGGAGGGCUCAGGAGGAACUCACAGAUUCAGGGACCUAGAGGAGACGAAGAGUGAGUUCCUCGUAAGCUACUCCUCGCUCAACUUCGACGGAGAUGAGGCAACCCACCCCAAGGGCGAGAAAAAGACCAUCAGAAACUACGACGGAGGAGUCUUUAAGCCCAGGAACGUGUCUGAUCAACCAAUAAACAAAGAACCCCAGCCCAAACAAUAUAAACCGGUGUCCAGGCAGCUCAGCGUUGUGCAAGUCGGAGAAAGGGUCCAGAGGAACGGGAUGAAACAUCUCAGCGAGGUCGAGAAAAGGAAGAUGCUGAGGAGAUUCUCCAGCCAGGACUUCCUGGAGGAUGCCCACCAGCGGAAGACCGACAACAAGAUCAACAACUGCAUCAGGAAAUUCGAGAGUCUCUCGACGUUUGAGAACGGCAGUCUGCAGAACUUGUCCAGGCAGAGCGAGGGGAUGCCCCAAAGUCCAUCCUGGACAGAAUCCUCCAGAUCCAGGAUGAAGAGGUCGGAGUCUUUCCACCACGUCCCGUUCGCAGCGGGCAGGGACCAGUUGUCAACGAAAGGAGGAAGUGAUAGUGGGUUUGUCUAUGUCAGAAACACCAGCCAGGACCUGGUGAGGUCUGAAAGCUCGGGUUCCCCGAGCCUGGCGACCAAAUCCUUGGACAGGAUCGACGAGGGGCUGGACUCCAUGGUGGACAUCGUUAUCACCAGGAAGGAACAGCGGAAGCAGCUGGCUAGGAGAGGUCGAGAGACUCUCUCCACGUCCUUCAGGGAUCAUCUGGACCCUGCCCAUCAGGAAAAAAAUGCGGUGAGGUUCGGGGAUUCCCUCCUUGGACUCAAUUUUCGGGAUCAAAGGAUCCUCGGCAAGGAGAACCUGGGACUGGGGAAUGUCAAUGGACUCUACGGCAAUCAUGGCGUGAAACCGCUGAUGAAUGAUGAGCUCUAUGAAAGCGAUCCGGCAAGGCGAUGCAAGAGGAAACCCUCCUCCAAGAAGACGCAGGACUUAUUUGGAGAGGUUAGGAGGCAAGAGUCCUUCUCCAGGGAGAAGAUCCUCUCCAGGUCAAUCGAACAGGGAAUUUUCAUGCAGGUUGUCAAACCUUAUGAUGCGUUUGGCAUUGGGAAGAGCCGGUCUAACGCCGGGAAGUACUCUGGGGAUUAUUUGCCAAAAGAGGGAGGGGUUCCUAGGGAUAUUUCCUCCAAGACUCCGGUGAAACGGGGGAAGGUCACGGACAUACUUUCUGGACUCUAUUGA